AUGUAUCUUCCGCGCCAACUCAUAUCACACCUUUACUUACAGCUCCUCCGAUCGCACCAUCCUCUCUCCCCUCCCGUGCUAAUCCUCGUCGCCCUCGAACCCGACGCCCUCUGCGCCUGUCGGAUUUUCACGGCCCUACUCAAACGCGACUACAUCCCGCACAAGAUCCAACCGGUAGCCGGAUAUGGCGACCUCGCUCGCGCAGGCGAAGAAUUGGUUAAGCCCAUGCAGACCAAGAACGGGGGGGCCGGCGGCGUCGUGGUCUGUCUAGGGGUGGGUGGUUUGGUGGAUCUUACUGAGAUCCUGGCGUUGAGCGAUCCGGAAGACGAGAUGGAGGAUUUGGGGGGAGUGGAGGUUUGGGUGUUCGAUGCGCGGCGGCCGUGGAACUUGAGUAAUGUGUUUGGGGGACAGCCUGUGCUGGGGCAGGAGGUUGAUGUGCGGGCUCGGAUGAAUACGCGCGGUGUUGACAAGGGGUGUAUAACGCCCUCGUACGCGUCUGGGAAUGGGGGUAUUGUGGUCUACGACGAUGGUGAUAUUGAAGAAGAAUUGAGCAAGGAGCGGGAGGCGUAUUCGGCGCUACUGGAGAUGCCGGAGGUGGAUGAUGAUGAGGAGGGAGAUCUUGGGUCUGAUAGUGAAGAUGACGAUCAGCCAAGACCAGGGAAGAAGCGCAAGUCGUGGUCAGGGAGGGAAGAUGAGGAUGAAUCGGACGAAGAUGACGGGCCGCCUCGUCAACGGAGGAGAAGCAAUUCGGGCUCGUCAUUCCUCAUUUCAUCUCCCAGUCGCCCACGACAGCGUCCACACGAUUCCUCGAAUUCCUCGCGUUCCGUUACUCCAACCUCAGAUUCACCGUCCCCUGCAGAACCCAAGCAACCAUCUGCUCUUUCAUUGAAACGACGUCUCAUCCGAAUGAAACGAAAGCACGAAAGUGUACUCCACGCCUAUUAUUCCGCCGGAACAUCGUAUUCGGAACCUAUAUCAUCCCUGGUCUACUCCCUCGCGUCUGAGCUCGGUCGUGAAGAUAAUGACUUGCUUUGGUUGGCCAUCGUGGGUGUCUCUAGCUUGGAGCUUAGUGGUCGUACAAUGUCUGGUGUUGGCAUUUCCGAUUCCUCGGAAUCUGGAGGAUUGGCUGGCUGGGGUGGAGAACGAGGCGAACAUAUCCGCCAGAUCUUACGAGACGAAGUACAUCGAUUGAACCCGCCGGAUCCUUACGAACGAGAUCGAGAUCUUCGAGGGGAAAUCAAUGGCGUUAUUCCGACAACGGCAAGAUCACCGACAGAUAAAUCCAUCCGUCUUUCUCCAGAACCCCGGUUUAUUCUUGUGCGGCAUUGGUCAUUAUAUGAGAGUAUGCUUCACAGUCCGUACUUGUCAUCACGGUUGCAUGUAUGGACUGAGACCGGCAAGAAACGGUUACAUAAACUGUUAGCCAAGAUGGGUAUUAGUCUGAGCCAAUGCCAUCAGAACUAUACCCAUAUGGACAUGGAGUUGAAAAGGGUGUUACGACAACGACUACUUAAAUAUGCACCUAUGUAUGGGUUAGAUGGGUUAGUUCCCCAAGAAGCAUCAGGACACGCCACUUCUCGCGAGGGAUGGGGUUUUGUCCGCUGCUGGGGCUGGAAGGCUUGCCUUUCUGCUACUGACGUGGGUGUUAUUAUCGGUGCUAUCCUAGAAGUGGGACCGGAAGAGCUUGCCGCCGGCUGGGAUACAAGACGACUACCGCGACCGAGGAAAUCCAAUGAUGAUGUCCCGGAUGGGUCUACUGAAUCCGACCUAUCCAGCCUCCUACCUCGGUUCUGGAGUGCAUACGAUGCCCUAUCUCUCACCUCUGAUUCUCCUACUCUCCUUCUCGAAGCACUUCCCUUAGCCCAACAUCUUCACCGUGCUAUUCUACAAACCGGCACGUCGUUACUUUCGAAACACCAGAUUCGACAUUUGCGAGCAUUCCGCAUCGCGGUUGUCAAGGACGGACCGGAUGUCAGACUGUUCACGAAUCCGGGGGCACUGACCAAACUUGCACUUUGGAUUGCCGAAGCCAUUCGUGUCCAAGAGCGGGAACGAAGCGGCACUGUCAAAGUCGGCAAGAAGCGCGCCGCAGGAACUCCCCUCGUUCUAGCUGGGCUGGACGAGGACCGAGACCUAUACGUGGUCGUGGGAACCGGCGGAGGCGGAGGCAUCGUUGACUUUUCUGCUAUGCACAAACGGCAGGAAGAGCGCCUGAAGAAGAAGGAAGCCAAGGAGAAAAAGCAACGGGAACGAUCAGAACGCCGGGCCAAGCGUGCCGCGGAACGGCUCAAACGCAAUGAAACUGGCGAAGAGGAGGACGAGGAAGAGAGCGAAGAGGAAUCGUCAUCCGAGUCCGAGUCCGAAUCCGACGAUGAACAGGAUAUACGCGCGGACAGACAUCUCUUGCGGAAUCGAUUCGGUAUUGCGUUCCAGGAAGUGGUGCAGGAAACCAACGCGCGAGUCCGGAUCGAUAGCUUCGAGCACUGUGUAGUCGAGGUGCAAAAGGAGGAUCUGGGGGGGUUUCUCGAAGCGUUGAGUUUCCGCAGUGUCGUCGGUUGA